AUGACGGCGGCCGCAGCCCUCGGCACACUGCUAACUCUCAUGUUCCCGGUGCUUCUCGUCUUGUGGCUCCGUGCGAAAGAUGCCGCCGGCAAAACUACCCGCGUCCUCGUCCUAGUCCUCGGCGACAUCGGCCGCUCACCUCGAACGCAGUACCACGCCAUAUCCCUUGCACGCGAAGGUUUUGAGGUGCAUCUAGCGGGUUACCAGGGCUCACCAGUGUUACCAGAGGUCCUGCAGGCCGGUGACAAAAUAACUGUGCAUCACAUCCCGAAUCCCAUGAAACUGCCUGUCGUGCGGGCGGGUGGGGUGGUGGGCAUAGCGGCGUACGUGGGGCUUGCGGCGUUCCGGGUGGUGAGGCAGCUGGUGCAGCUGCUGAUGCUGUGUUUGAGAGAUGUGCCGGCUUUCGGGACUAUACUAGUGCAAAAUCCCCCGGCAGUUCCUACGCUGGUCAUUGUGCAAUUCCUGCGAUUGGUGGUGGGGUGCAAGGUCAUCAUCGAUUGGCAUAACUUUGGAUACUCCAUCAUGGCGUUGAAUGUUGGGCAAAGGAGUCGGAUAGUGAAGCUUGCUGAAUGGUACGAAAAAGCAUUCGGCAACUUCGCCAGCGCUCACCUCUGCGUAAGCAAAGCAAUGGCCGCCGAAAUGAAAACCGUCUGGGGCGUGCGAGGCCCAAUAGUAACUAUGUACGACAAACCCCCCUCCCACUUCCGCCGCCUCCCCCUCGCCGAAAUCCACGCAUUCCUCUCCCGUUACGAUCUCACCACCCCCAUAAUGCGUCCCACCACCUCCCCAACGACGACAUCACAAACCCUCCUAACCCACCUCACACCCACGGGCACACUCGAACCCCUCACCGGGCGCCCCGCGUUGGUCGUUAGCAGCACGAGUUGGACGGAGGAUGAGGAUUUUGAGAUGUUGUUGGAGGGGUUGGGGUUGUACGAGGCGGCUGCGGGAAGCAAGCAAGGGGGAGGGGAUGACCAGACGGUGUUACCCGACAUCGUACUGGUGAUUACAGGCAAGGGGCCGUUGAAGGACAUGUAUCUGGCGAAGAUCAAAGCGAAGGCGUUGAAGAGGGUACGGGUGUUGACUGCUUGGUUACCUGCUGAAGAUUAUCCGCUCUUGCUCGGCUCAGCAGACCUCGGCAUCUCCCUCCACACCUCCUCCUCCGGGCUCGACCUGCCGAUGAAGAUUGUGGAUAUGUUUGGGUGUGGGCUGCCGGUUUGUGCUGUUGGGUAUCCGUGUCUAGAGGAAUUGGUCCAGGACGGUGUGAAUGGACGUGUUUUUGGGACUCCGGAGGAGUUGUGUGGGCAGUUAAAGUCUCUCCUCGCCACACCCUCCACAUCCUCAACAAAAACUACACCACACAUCCCAACACCCGCUCUGACAUCCCUUCGCGCCGGCACCAAGGCGUUCGGGCGUACGCGGUGGCAUGAGGAGUGGGUGGGCGUUGUCGAGCCGCUGAUUGUCGGGUAG